AAUACAAUACUUGAGCCGCGCUCAGUUCGAACUCAGUACGAAGUUAAAAGCGUUCGCAACAAGUUGUGUUUUUAGGGUGCUGUUAAAGUGAAACAAUUUUAUCAAGCCAAAAGAGAAUGAAGUUGUCUCUCUCAUUGAUGCUGCUGGUGUUGCCGGCUUUGCUGCACGCCGAACUGUGCGGCAUUCAGACGUCACCAGAUAUGGGAGCGACUCGACCCAAUUUAUAUCGGGGUCAGCAGGAGUUCACGGUGGCCAUGCUGGAUGCCAUUCGCAAGGCGACACCCAACGAGAAUGUCUUCUUCUCCCCCUACAGCACCUACCAUGCCCUGCUCCUGGCCUACUUCGGUGCCACCGGAGAAACGGAGAAGGAGCUAGCGAAUGCGUUGCGCUUGAACUGGGCGCAGUCCAAGGAGACUGUGCGCAGUGCUUAUCGCUUGGAGAAACAGGAUCGUGCUCUCCGUGCCAAGAGCAUGCCUCUGGAGUUCUCGUCCGCCGAUCGUUUGUACUUUGAUGAGGGAGUGCGGCUGGCAAGUUGCCUGGAUGCGCGCCUUCAUGACGAAAUUGUGCAACUGAAUAUCAAGGACAAUGCUGAGGCAACACGCCAGCAGAUUAACAACUGGAUUGCAAAUGUGACGCACAAUGAGAUCAAGGAUAUGCUCUCCUCAGGUGAUAUUGAUUCGCGCACUCAACUGGUGCUGGCCAAUGCAGCAUACUUCAAGGGUCAGUGGUCCAGUCGGUUCAGUGCGGAGAACACCGCGCAAAUGCCAUUCCAUACAUCCGCCGAAAAGGUGUCGUUUGUGCCCAUGAUGAAGCAGAAGGGCAUCUUCUUGAUGAAUCCCGAUGAGCGUUUGGGUGCUCAUGUAUUGCAAUUGCCUUACCGCACCUCGUUCAAUAAGGAUUCUGAGGAUUCUGACAUAUCGAUGGUCAUCGUAUUGCCGCCAUUUAGCAAUGAUGCUGUGGAGCAGGUGUUGCAGAAGCUAAGUGCCGAGAACCUGGAGGCAUCGCUGAACGAAGCCUCGCCGCGUGAGAUUGAGGUUUCACUGCCCAAAUUUGAGUUUGAGCAGCGUUUGGAACUUGUGCCGAUCCUGCGUACAAUGGGCGUAACCCAGAUAUUCGAUAAAGAUGCUAGCUUCAACGAUUUCAGCACUGAGCAAGGUAUUAACUUUGGCGAUGCCAAGCAUCUGGCCAAGAUCAAGGUGGAUGAGGAGGGCAGCACUGCAUCGGCUGCAACAGUUUUGGUCAGCUUCCGCUCGGCCCGACCCAUCGAGCCAACCAAAUUCGAGUGCAAUCAUCCGUUUGUGUUCCUCAUCUACGAUCGCAAAUCAAGCGCGAUUCUCUUCACGGGCAUUUACCGUGAUCCCAAGACAAUGAAAUAAGGUGCUUAAUUCAAACCGGACACCCACAAGUGUAUCUGCUAUUGUAUUUGUCUGUUCUGUCUCGACUAAGUGCUUGUGCUUAAACUUAUUAUUCUAUUUGUAAAAUAAAUUAUGUGAAAAAGUAAA